AUGUGCGACGGCCUGAGAUGCUCGCUAGACGGCAAAUCUUCAUCCCUAAAAGUCGCAGUGGUUGAGAGACGAAAAGCUGUCAAAGCACGAGCAGCGGCGGCAGAAGCAACGGCAGGAGGCGCAACGGGGCCAAGCGUGGUCCCGGAAAGAAAAAGCAGCGAGGCGACAGCAGCGAUUCGUCCCGUGGUCAUUCUUCCGGGAUUGGGCAACAACUCGGCGGAUUACGCGGAGCUCGUCGCGCUGCUGGAGGCGCAGGGCGUGGCGGCGGAGGUAGCACGCGUGGCGAGACCUGAUUGGCUGCGCAACGCAGCGGGGCUUCUGCAGGCAGACUACUGGAAGGGAACGCUCAAGCCCCGCCCGAUCCUCGACUGGUACUUGGAGCGGGUGGCAGCAGCAGUGAAGGCAGCCAAGAAGAGAGUCCCAGGCGCCUCGCAGGUGUCACUGGUGGCGCACUCAGCAGGCGGGUGGCUGGCGCGUCUCUACCUCGCGGAGUACGGCCAUGCUGACGUGGCGCUGCUGCUCUCCCUCGGCUCGCCGCACCUCCCACCGCCCCCAGGGGCAGAGGGGGUGGUGGAUCAGACAAGGGGCCUGCUAACGCACAUGCAGGCCGUCUCGCCAGGCGCCUUCCAUGCACCGCACGUCAAAUACGUCUGCAUCUCGGGCAGGUAUAUCAAGGGUUUACCCCUGUUCAGCAGUGCCGCUGCCACCCCUGCAGCAGACGCAGCAGCCUCUGCACCAGCCUCUGUGGCAGCAGUGGCAGCAGCAGCAGGGGGGGAGGCACGCGUCUUUGCCCUGGAUGUGAAUCCAGCUAGGGGCGCAUCAGCAAAGGCAGGCAGUGAGAGUGAGAGUGAGGGGGGCAGCAGUGGGGCUUCAGAUGAAGACGAGGCAGGUGCUGAGAAGCAGGUGGCAUCUGGGGGAGGUGUGUUCCAGGCGCGCAUGGUGGGGCAGGGGUACAAGCAGGUGUGCGGGCGGGCGGACGUGUGGGGGGACGGAGUCGUGCCGGAAGAUGCCGCCCUGCUGGAGGGGGCGGAGAAUCUGAUCCUGGACGGCGUGUAUCACUCGCCUGUGGGGGCCAGUGACGCCCGGCCGUGGUACGGGUCUCCUUCUGUGCUGCCCUCGUGGCAGCACCACCUGUUUGUCUGA